AGCCAUCGAGUGGAUCCCCGUUGUCAUACACGCGCACUGCCUAUGCGAGCUCGCAUUCUCGCGAUUUCAUUCGUUGCGUAGCAGACUCUUCAUCCGCGAAAAAUCCGCCGCGUCAAAGCUUGAACUCUCAUUCCGUAUUCCGAAUCGUAAUCUACACCUUUCUUUCUUCUGUUUAGUGUCCUUUUUCGUCGGGUUCCGGUGCACGUAAUCGGACUACGGUAACCGUCGAUUAAAGGUUCAGAUUUGUGCGAUCAGGGAAAAAAUACUGCAACAUCUGUAAAUCCACAGCCACAAAAUGGUCAACAACGACAAGCAGCUCGUGAAAGAGGACGAAAACACCAUCGCCGAUAAUACGGUUGUGCAAAAAUACAAAACAGCUGGCGCAAUUGUCAACAAAAUACUUCAAAGCAUCAUCCAGUCAUGCAAGGUUGGAGCUUCUGCGAAGGCCAUUUGCCAAAAGGGCGAUACCAUGAUGCUAUCGGAAACAGCGAAGAAAUACAAGAAUGAACCAACAAUGAGCAAAGGAAUUGCCUUCCCAACCUGUAUCUCGGUUAAUAACUGCAUCUGCCAUUUCUCGCCCUCGAAAAACGAUCCGGACUAUACGCUUAAAGCUGGAGACGUAGUUAAAAUUGAUCUCGGGGCGCACAUCGACGGUUUCAUAGCGGUGGCGGCGCACACCAUCGUGGUUGGCGCCAAGCCGGACAAUAAGUGCAAGGGACGUGCGGCGGACGUUGUGUUGGCUGCCUAUCACGCUAGCCAGGCCGCUCUCCGGCUGAUGAAGGAUGGCACCAGUAACUAUGCGGUUACGGAAGCUGUGCAGAAAAUUGCCGCCGAGUUCAAGUGCAAACCGAUCGAGGGUAUGCUCAGCCAUCAGCUGAAGCAGUUUAAAAUUGACGGCGAAAAGACUAUCAUCCAGAACCCAACGAUCGCUCAGAAGAAGGAGCAUGAGAAGUGCCAGUUCGAGAAGUACGAGGUGUACGCGAUGGAUGUACUGAUCAGCACGGGGGAGGGUCUCGGAAAGGAAAUCGAUACGAAGGUUUCCAUUUACAAGAAAACGGAGGAAAAUUAUCUGCUGAAACUGAAGGCUUCACGUGCGUUUUACGCUGAGGUGAAAAAGAAGUACGGAACGAUGCCGUUUAAUUUGCGCAACUUCGAAGAGGAAGCCAAGGCGAAGAUGGGAGUGCAUGAGUGCGUGACCCACAAGCUGGUUGAACCGUUCCAAGUAUUAUACGAGAAGCAUAAUGAAAUCGUUGCUCAGUUCAAAAACACUGUACUGAUCCUGCCCAACGGACUGCACGUGGUUACCGGCUAUCCUUUCGAUCUAUCCUGCAUCGAGAGUGAACACAGCAUCCAGGAUGAGGAGAUGAAAAAGUUACUCGAGACCGAACUGGAUUUGAUCGAUGCGAAGAAAUCGGUCCUGGCUAGCAUUGUGAAAGCUGCAAAAACUGACUCCGCCAAUGCAGCAAAACCUACUCCUAAGGCCGCCGCCCCUGCGACUUCGGCUCCAGCCGAAGGAGCUGCACCGGUGGCAUCAAAGGACAAGAAGAAAAAGAAGAAGAAGAAGGCUGCUGGUGCUGGAGCUGAUGCUGCUGAGAAGGCCGAUGCACCCGCAGUGGAGUCAGCGAAACCCAGUAAAGAAACUCCCCCCGCUAAAGCAUAAUAACGUCUCCUUUCUUCCGAAUGGUGAAAACGGUUCUGUUUCUCUAUAUACAACAUUUUUGUCCUUCCACCCGACGAUUCACACCCACCCGUAUGGAACCUGAUUAACAGUAGCAGUUGAAAUGGAAUAGUUUUCAUCUCUCUCUAUUUCUCUAUGAAGUUUGCUUGUUGGCAAUGUUGCGAAACCAAUCGUGCAGCGGAGAAUGAAAGGUCGUUCCAUUAGUACUCGUAUCGACAGGAAGAAACAAUUUCAAAAGCAUGUUACAUUUGACAAAAAAGUGUAAUAAAGAUAGUUUUUCCUACA